AAGCAGCCGCCGCCGCUCCCGGACCCUGCGCGAAGCACCUGCUGCCGCCGCCGCCUCCUUCAUCCCUUCCGGGGCAAGGCCGGGGCCAGAUUCCCAACAUCCUUAAAUAGACCUCUUUGGAGCUUCUUCAGCCAGUUCAAUGGCGUCCUCUACUACUGUGCCUCUAGGAUUUCACUAUGAAACAAAGUAUGUCGUUCUCAGCUACUUGGGACUUCUCUCUCAGGAGAAACAAGAAGGUCCCUCACCCCAAGGAGUUCAACUAGAUGUCGUUCCACAGUCUCUGGACCCAGAAGUUUUAUUAAAAGUUAAAUCUGAGAUUGAAGAAGAACUGAAAUCCUUGGAGAAAGAAGUCUCUGAAGCCUUUACCAGCACAGGCUUUGACUGUCACACCUCACCAGUGUUUAGCCCUGCUAACCCUGAGAGCUCAAUAGAAGACUGCUUGGCCCAUCUUGGCGAAAGAGUGUCCCAGGAUCUGAAAGAGCCUUUGCAUAAAGCGUUGCAAGUGAUCCUCAGCCAGCCAGUGACAUAUCAGGCAUAUCGUGAAUGUACAGUGGAGACUGCCGUUCAUGCCAGCGGAUGGAAUAAGCAUUUCAUUUUAGCCCAAGCUAACCUCAGGAAAACUAUGUGGCCAGGGAUGAGCUUGACCGUCUAAGCUUCCCGUUAUUAACAUGUAAUCUUCCGGGUUUACAAGCUUGAACCACCACCACCUAGUUUUAUGUGUUGCUUCAUGGUUGCUAAGCAAGUACUCUACCAACUGAGCUACAUCCUUAGUCCACUUAGAGUAACUCUUGAUGCUUCUUGUACAGGAA